CCGGAUGCUUGACGCAAACAUUUAAUUCCGAAGCUGCUUGCAGGGAUGUAAAUUGGGAAAUCCCUCCAGUCUGAAGAAUAUAAAAUGACAGCCCAUCGCAAAGACAAGGCAACUCCUCCUGGGCCCGACAGCCCUCAGCAUCAGUGGAAACUCAGCAAGAACUUCCCAGCAGCGCAACAUGCCCUCUAAACUCAACGCGUAUUCGCUCUGUGCGGUGAUGCUGGCCGCUCUGCUGCAGUGCGCUUCCGGGGCUCCGUUUGAAAACUCGCCCACCGACAGUCCUGCAGGUGACCCCUCAGGUGACGACGGGGAGAUUGAGGCGUCCACUGACCAACUGAGAAAUAACUUGCAGCGGGCCAUUGACAUUACCAAAGCACUCCAAACGGAGUUUAAAGAUGAAUUCCAAGGUCAGGUGGAUUACGAAUCUCUGAAGUCUUACCAAGUCUCCUCACUUCCAGAAGGCAAUCCUCGCUGCAACUUCAACAAGGAGCCUUGUCUCCACAGGCUGGUCCGGGGCCUGCUUACUUACACGGCUCUUCUCAAGUAUGUGGAGAAGGAGUACCCCGGCAGCACGAUCCCGUCACUGGCAACACGCAGCAGCUGCCUGAUCACAGAGAUCGCAAAAAAGAUGAGGGCCCCUGGACAGGUGAUCGCGCUGACGAGCAGCCAGGACGAGCAGCAGCUGAGCCACUUCGACAGCCUUGACAGUUUCCACAGGAAGAUGACCGCGCACGCCAUCCUGUACCACUUCCACUACUUUCUCGUUGAUAUCAGUAGAUUAAUCGAGAAAGCGGAGAAGCCCAGAUGAAGUAUAGCCAACAGGAUUACGGUACCUGUCAGUUUCUAUUACCAAAGAUGGAAGUAUUUUAAAAAAUUGGUUAUUAAGGAAUACCUCAGGGAAAUUGGGUGGCAUUAAGAGGAAAGUGUUAAAAGUGCAAGCUCUGAGUGCGCUGACUGUAGGUGUAGUGGGCCUACAGCAAUUUAUAACUGUGUGUAUCUUAAAGAUCUCAGAGAUUUGCUUAACCACUAUUGCAUAACUUAUUUGAUCUAUUUAUACUUGGUGAAAAGUGUUAUUUAUGAAAAUACGCGGUUGUGGGUUUCUUGCACUAGAAAUGCAAUUUGUACUUCAGAGUGACUUGAUUUGCUUCAUUUCUGGAUUGUGAUGAUGUUGCUUGAGCAGCACUGUUACUUUCUAUUAGAAAUUGAAGCAAUAAAUGCAUCAUCUACUUCUGUGAACAUUUUUAUAUUUACAGUACUGUCAGUGGUUAUUUAUUGAACUGAGUUUCUACUAAUUUAAUUAUAAUGCAACCGAGUGGUGUUAAAUUGUGUCAAUUUUGUGCAGAAGAUAAAAAUAAAAUAAUUUGCAUAGAU